UGUCCCCUGUCGCCCCGUGGCCCCACGAUGACCCACAGCCCCGCGUCAAGCGAGGACGAGGAACGCCACAGUGCCAGCGAGUGUCCCGAGGGGGGCUCAGAGUCCGACAGCUCCCCAGACGGGCCCAGCAGAGGCCCCCGGGGGACCCGGGGCCAGGGCAGCGGGGCACCUGGUAGUCUGGCCUCCACCCGAGGCCUCCAGGGCCGCUCCAUGUCUGUCCCGGACGACGCCCACUUCAGCAUGAUGGUCUUCAGGAUUGGCAUCCCGGACCUGCACCAGACAAAAUGUCUCCGCUUCAACCCUGAUGCCACCAUCUGGACAGCCAAGCAACAGGUGCUCUGCGCCCUGAGCGAGAGCCUGCAGGAUGUGCUCAACUACGGUCUGUUCCAGCCGGCCACCUCCGGCCGCGAUGCCAACUUUCUGGAGGAGGAGCGGCUGCUUCGAGAGUACCCCCAGUCUUUUGAGAAGGGGGUGCCCUACCUGGAGUUCCGAUACAAGACCCGGGUUUACAAACAGACCAACCUGGAUGAGAAGCAGCUGGCCAAACUGCACACGAAGACGGGGUUGAAGAAGUUCCUGGAAUACGUGCAGCUCGGGACGUCCGACAAGGUGGCAAGGCUGCUGGACAAGGGGCUGGACCCCAAUUAUCACGACUCGGAUUCGGGAGAGACCCCCCUGACGCUGGCAGCCCAGACCGAAGGCUCCGUAGAGGUGAUUCGAACCCUGUGCCUGGGAGGGGCCCACAUCGACUUCCGGGCCCGGGAUGGCAUGACCGCGCUGCACAAGGCCGCGUGUGCCCGUCACUGCCUGGCUCUCACGGCACUCCUGGACCUUGGGGGCUCCCCCAACUACAAGGACCGCCGAGGCCUGACCCCUCUGUUCCAUACGGCUAUGGUGGGGGGUGACCCCCGCUGCUGCGAGCUGCUCCUGUACAACAGGGCCCAGCUGGGCAUAGCUGAUGAGAACGGCUGGCAGGAGAUUCACCAGGCCUGCCAGCGAGGCCACUCUCAGCACCUGGAACACCUGCUCUUCUAUGGGGCUGAGCCGGGAGCCCAGAAUGCCUCGGGGAACACGGCCUUGCACAUCUGCGCCCUCUACAAUAAGGAGACCUGUGCUAGGAUCCUCCUCUAUCGAGGAGCUAACAAGGAUGUGAAGAAUAACAAUGGACAGACCCCCUUCCAGGUGGCUGUGAUCGCUGGGAAUUUUGAACUGGGGGAGCUGAUCCGAAACCAUCGAGAACAGGAUGUGGUGCCCUUCCAGGAGUCCCCCAAGUACGCAGCCCGGCGACGGGGACCCCCAGGCGCAGGGCUGACGGUGCCCCCGGCACUGCUUCGGGCCAACAGUGAUACCAGCAUGGCCCUGCCUGACUGGAUGGUGUUUGCCGCCCCGGGGACCUCGUCCUCUGGGGCGCCCGGCCCUACCUCAGGGCCCCAGGGCCAGUCGCAGCCCUCGGCCCCCAGCACCAAGCUCAGCAGUGGGACCCUCCGAAGUGCCAGCAGCCCCCGGGGCGCCCGGGCCCGCUCCCCAUCCCGCGGGAGGCACCCUGAAGAGGCCAAGAGGCAGCCCCGUGGACGGCCCAGCUCCAGCGGGACGCCCAGGGAAGGGCCGGCAGGGGGCACAGGGGGCUCAGGGGGCCCUGGGGGCUCCCUGGGCAGCCGCGGGAGGCGCAGGAAGCUCUACUCGGCGGUACCCGGACGCUCCUUCAUGGCCGUGAAGUCAUACCAGGCCCAAGCGGAGGGGGAGAUCUCCCUGAGCAAGGGCGAGAAGAUCAAAGUGCUUAGCAUCGGGGAAGGAGGCUUCUGGGAAGGCCAGGUCAAAGGUCGCGUUGGCUGGUUCCCCUCUGACUGCCUAGAAGAGGUGGCAAACCGCUCCCAGGAGGGAAAGCAAGAAAGCCGCAGUGACAAGGCAAAGAGACUCUUCCGGCAUUAUACCGUGGGCUCCUACGACAGCUUUGAUGCCCCAAGAAGCUUGAUGGAUGGGAUUGGCCCAGGGAGCGAUUACAUCAUUAAGGAGAAGACAGUCUUGCUGCAGAAGAAGGACAGUGAGGGGUUUGGGUUCGUGCUCCGGGGGGCCAAGGCGCAGACCCCCAUCGAGGAGUUCACCCCCACCCCGGCCUUCCCGGCGCUGCAGUAUCUGGAGUCCGUGGAUGAGGGUGGCGUGGCAUGGCGAGCUGGACUGCGGAUGGGAGACUUCCUCAUCGAGGUGAACGGGCAGAAUGUGGUGAAGGUCGGCCACCGACAGGUGGUGAACAUGAUCCGCCAAGGGGGCAACACGCUGAUGGUCAAGGUGGUGAUGGUCACCAGGCACCCGGACAUGGAUGAGGCUGUCCAUAAGAAAGCACCCCAGCAGGCUAAGCGGCUCCCGCCCCCAGCCAUCUCUCUUCGUUCCAAGUCCAUGACCUCAGAGCUGGAGGAGAUGGAGUACGAGCAGCAGCCUCCGCCGGUGCCCAGCAUGGAGAAAAAGCGGACCGUGUAUCAGAUGGCUCUCAACAAACUGGAUGAAAUUUUGGCGGCAGCUCAGCAGACCAUCAGCGCAAGCGAGAGUCCUGGACCUGGUGGCCUUGCGUCGCUGGGCAAACACCGGCCCAAAGGCUUCUUUGCCACCGAGUCAAGCUUCGAUCCGCACCACCGCUCCCAGCCAAGUUAUGAACGUCCUUCUUACCUGCCUCCAGGACCCGGGCUUAUGCUCCGGCAAAAAUCUAUCGGGGCUGCAGAAGAUGAUAGACCCUACCUAGCACCCCCAGCCAUGAAGUUCAGCCGCAGCCUGUCUGUGCCUGGCUCGGAGGACAUCCCUCCGCCGCCCACCACGUCCCCACCGGAGCCCCCCUACAGCACACCUCCGGCCCCCUCCUCCUCGGGCCGCCUCACCCCAUCCCCCAGAGGAGGGCCCUUCAACCCCAGUUCGGGUGGCCCCCUCCCCUCCUCUUCCCCUGCGUCCUUCGAUGGGCCCUCCCCUCCCGACACGCGUGUAGGGGGCCGUGAGAAGAGCCUGUACCACAGCGGGCCCCUGCCCCCCGCCCACCACCACCCGCCCCACCACCACCACCAUCACGCCCCGCCCCCCCAGCCUCACCACCACCACGCCCACCCCCCUCAUCCCCCGGAGAUGGAGACGGGCGGCUCUCCCGACGACCCCCCGCCCCGACUGGCCCUGGGGCCGCAGCCCAGCCUGCGCGGCUGGCGGGGUGGCGGGCCCGGCCCCACCCCGGGGGCCCCGUCCCCGUCGCACCACGGCGGCGGGGGCGGGGGCAUCGGCUCCUCCCAGGCCCCGGCCCUGCGCUACUUCCAGCUGCCCCCCCGGGCGGCCAGCGCGGCCAUGUACGUGCCAGCCCGCUCGGGCCGCGGGCGCAAGGGGCCCCUGGUCAAGCAGACCAAGGUCGAAGGCGAGCCCCAGAAGGGCGGCGGCCUCCCGCCCGCCCCCUCGCCCACGUCCCCGGCGUCCCCGCAGCCGCCGCCCGCCGCGGCCGCGCCCUCAGAGAAGAACUCCAUCCCCAUCCCCACCAUCAUCAUCAAGGCUCCGUCCACCAGUAGCAGCGGCCGAAGCAGCCAGGGCAGCAGCACCGAGGCGGAGCCCCCGACCCAGCCCGAGGCCGCGGGAGGCGGCGGCGGCGGCGGCGGCGGCGGGGGCGGGGGCGGGGGCGGCGGGGCCGGCGGGGGCGGGGGCUCCUCGGCGCCCAGCCCCGCCCCGGCCAUGUCGCCGGUGCCGCCGUCGCCCUCGCCGGUGCCCACCCCCAGCUCGCCCAGCGGCCCGGCCACCCUCGACUUCACCAGCCAGUUCGGAGCGGCCCUGGUGGGCGCGGCGCGGAGGGAAGGCGGCUGGCAGAACGAAGCCCGCCGGCGGUCCACGCUCUUCCUCUCCACCGACGCCGGGGACGAGGACGGCGGCGACGGCGGGCUGGGCCCCGGGGCGCCCCCGGGCCCCCGGCUGCGCCACUCCAAAUCCAUCGACGAGGGCAUGUUCUCCGCCGAGCCCUACCUCCGGCUGGAGUCCGCCGGCGCGGGGAGCGGCGUCGGGUACGGGGGCUACGGGGCCGGGGGCCGAGCCUACGCGGGCAGCGGGGGCAGCAGCGCCUUCACCAGCUUCCUGCCGCCCCGACCCCUGGUCCACCCGCUGACCGGCAAGGCCCUGGACCCAGCCUCCCCGCUCGGGCUGGCCCUGGCCGCCCGAGAGCGGGCGCUGAAGGAGUCCUCGGAGGGCGGCGGGCCCCCCCAGCCCCCUCCAAGGCCCCCAUCGCCCCGCUACGAGGCGCCGCCGCCCACCCCGCACCACCACUCGCCCCACGCCCACCACGAGCCGGUGCUGCGUCUCUGGGGGGCCUCACCGCCGGACCCCGCCCGCCGGGAGCUGGGGUACCGGGCAGGGCUGGGCAGCCAGGAGAAGUCCCUUCCGGCCAGCCCUCCAGCGGCCCGACGCUCCCUGCUGCACCGCUUGCCCCCCACAGCUCCCGGGGUCGGGCCCCUCCUCCUGCAGCUGGGGCCCGAGCCCCCGGCCCCGCACCCCGGGGUGAGCAAGGCGUGGAGGUCGGGGGCCCCCGAGGAGCCGGAACGGCUGCCCCUCCACGUGCGGUUCCUCGAGAACUGCCAGCCCAGAGCCGGCGGCGCGGGCGGAAGGGGGCCCCCCUCGGAGGACGGGCCGGGGGUUCCGCCUCCCAGCCCGCGCCGGUCCGUACCGCCCUCGCCCACCUCCCCGCGGGGCGGCGAAGAGAACGGGCUCCCCCUGCUGGUCCUGCCGCCCCCCGCUCCCUCGGUGGACGUGGAAGACGGCGAAUUCCUCUUUGUGGAACCGCUGCCCCCGCCUCUGGAGUUCUCCAACAGCUUCGAGAAGCCAGAGUCGCCGCUCACACCCGGGCCUCCCCACCCGCUGCCGGACCCCCCGACCCCAACCACCCCGUUGCCCCCCGUGCCGCCGCCCGCCGUGGCCGCCGCGCCUCCCACCCUGGACUCCACGGCGUCCAGCCUGACUUCCUACGACAGCGAGGUGGCCACACUGACCCAGGGGGCCCCCGUGGCUCCCGGGGACCCCCCUCCGCCAGGCCCGCCGGCCCCGGCCGCCCCCGCUCCCCCGGCCCCACAGCCUGGCCCCGACCCGCCGCCUGGCACGGAUUCUGGUAUCGAGGAGGUGGACAGUCGGAGCAGCAGUGACCACCCGCUGGAGACCAUCAGCAGCGCGUCCACACUGAGCAGCCUUUCUGCCGAAGGCGGUGGCAGCGCCGGAGGCGGCGGCGGCGGCGGCGGCGGGGCCGGUGUGGCCAGUGGGCCGGAGCUCCUGGACACGUAUGUGGCCUACCUGGACGGCCAGGCCUUCGGGGGGAGUGGUGCUCCCGGGCCACCGUACCCCCCGCAGCUCAUGACUCCUUCCAAGCUCCGGGGCCGGGCUCUGGGGACCAGCGGAGGCCUGCGGCCCGGCCCUAGUGGGGGACUCCGGGACCCUGUCACUCCCACCAGCCCCACUGUCUCCGUGACGGGGGCUGGAACGGAUGGGCUGCUGGCCCUGAGCGGUUGCACAGGACCCUCAUCGGCGGGUAUGGCCGGGGGUCCGGUGGCUAUAGAGCCAGAAGGCCCACCCGUGCCCUUGCCAUCAGCCUCCUCUCUGCCUCGGAAGCUGCUGCCCUGGGAGGAGGGCCCGGGCCCACCGCCACCACCCCUGCCCGGGCCCUUGUCCCAGCCUCAGGCCUCAGCCUUGGCCACAGUAAAAGCCAGCAUCAUCAGUGAACUCAGCUCCAAGCUUCAGCAAUUUGGGGGCUCCUCGGCAGCUGGUGGCGCUCUGCCCUGGGCCCGGGGAGGCAGCGGGGGAAGCGGGGACAGCCACCACGGGGGAGCCAGCUACGUCCCCGAGAGGACCUCUUCCCUGCAGCGGCAGAGACUCUCCGAAGACUCCCAGCCCUCGCUCCUCUCCAAACCCGUCAGCAGCCUGUUUCAGAACUGGCCCAAACCACCUCUGCCGCCACUCCCCACGGGAACUGGGGUCUCCCCUUCCGCCGCUGCAGCUCCGGGGGCCACGUCACCCUCAGCCUCCUCCACGUCCACCCGCCACCUCCAGGGUGUGGAGUUCGAGAUGCGGCCGCCUCUGCUCCGCCGGGCCCCCAGCCCCUCACUGCUGCCCGCCUCGGAGCACAAGGUCAGCCCUGCGCCCAGGCCCUCGUCCCUGCCCAUCCUGCCUUCUGGACCCUUGUACCCGGGCCUCUUUGACAUCCGUGGCUCCCCAACCGGAGGGGCAGGAGGCUCCGCUGACCCUUUCGCCCCCGUCUUUGUGCCGCCACACCCCGGGAUGUCCGGGGGGCUUGGUGGAGCCUUGUCAGGGGCCUCCCGCUCCCUCUCACCAACCCGCCUGCUUUCGCUGCCCCCGGACAAGCCCUUCGGCGCUAAACCUCUGGGGUUCUGGACCAAGUUCGAUGUGGCUGAUUGGCUCGAGUGGCUGGGCUUGGCUGAGCACCGAGCACAGUUCCUGGACCACGAGAUCGAUGGCUCCCAUCUGCCCGCCUUGACCAAGGAGGAUUACGUCGAUCUGGGCGUGACCAGGGUGGGCCACCGCAUGAACAUCGACCGGGCUCUCAAAUUUUUCCUGGAGAGGUGAUGGCUGGCCUGGACGGACCAGCCCGUCCACAGAACCCUUGAGCCUACUGGCCUCUUGACCUCUGACCCCUGACCGUCAUUAUCUCCCCCUGGGCCAGGGACUCUGCUAGAACUGCGCCCUGCCCUGCCCUCGUCUCCCAAGGCCGGAGGUCACCGGGUGGCCAGAUCCCCGGCCAGACAUUUGCACCUCACAGGAGGGGGCAGCUGACACAAGACUGUGUGUGAAGCAGGGAGCAGGGGGGGGGGGUGGUGAUGGAGGAAAUCGCAGAGGGGGAUGGAGAAGGAGGGAAGGGUCGGUUCUGGGGAGGGGGAACAGACAGAGCCAUAGGGGGUCAGCCCUGAGCCUGAUUGGAUGGGGUUUGUCCCCUGCCGCAGGGGAAGGGGGUGCCCUCAGAUUCCACCACCUGCCGCUCCUCUAACAACCCUUCCCCCCCUCUCCAGGCCCCUGGGCUCUCCCCCCCCUCCCCCCUCCCCAGCACACACACACAGCAGCCCCCCACCCCGGCCUCUUGCACGCCCCUUUGCACGCCUGCUUGCCUCUCUCUUCUCCCCGGGCUACAAUUUUGCACAAAUUUGCCCUCUCGCUGUCUUGCACACUCCGCCUUCGCUUCCGGCUCGCGAGGCCCUCUCGGCGCUCAAACACCCGCCCCCCCUGCUUUCCCUAGCCCACAUUGCAUUUCUUCUCUUCUGCCACAUUCCAUACCUUUACUCUCUCAGACUCUUGUCCUUGGUGCCCUCCCGUGCACACCUCACUUCUGAAAAUCUCUAAACCCUUGCUGCAGACACACUUGGGACACCCCUUCCCCCACCCCCUCCCACACUCUGUGCACGCAUACUUAUUCUCCGGAGCACACCUGCCUUUGUUCAGCUUUUGCACACUUGCUAUCCCGUGCACUUUUCCUGACACACUUCCAUCCAUUCUCUUUAAGCAUUAGCCCCUUCUUGAACCCCCACAUUUCUACUCGACCUGCCUGUCCCUGUUGCAGGGACACUCCCCUGCACCUCCCUGCCCCCCCUUCUCACACUGUCAUUUCUUGUACAUCUUGUACGCCUGCCGCCCCCCCCCCCCAGGAACUGCUUGUCUUUCAAAUGCUCAUUCCCUUCCUCUUCGCCAGCCAGCCCCCCCCCCCGCCCCGUUCCCUUGCACCCUUCUUUUCCAGAUCUCUGUCCUGCUUCAUUCUCUUUUGUGCACUUUCUCCCACCCUCACUCUUGCACACAGCCUCUGGAGCGCUCUCACUGCUCUCGCGAAGCCGGGUCCUUCCUCUGACAAUGUUCCUGCACGCCGUGGCUUUGCUGCACACUCAUUCUCGAAUGUCUGUUUGUCCUCGCCGGCUCCUGGGUGACUUUUUCCAUCUUCCCGGGGGAACCCUACCACCUCUCUCCUUCUGCACACGUGUCUCCGUCCGCACACUCUGGGUCUGGGCUAUCCCCGCUUUUCCGAGCAUCCUUACUUCUUGUUCCUGUGGAGGAACAGCUCGUGCAGACCUUCUGACCCUGCCUAUUUUCUUCCCUCUCCACACUCCUUUCUCCUUCUGGCCAGAGAAGACCCUAGGCAAGCCCCCUUGUUGCUCACUGUGGCGUCCAUUCUUCCUCUUCUCCCUGCUCCAGUCUGUGACUUCUUGCACACCCUCUCUCGUCUCGCUCUUCCUAGUUCUUCCUGGACCAUCUCUCCAUCCAUUUUGCACGAAGACCCCCCCACCCCCCGACCUUUCCUUCUCUCAGAGAAACUCCCUCUCCCUCCAGCAUGGCUGUUCCUUCCUGCACGCUCCCCCACCCCCACUCCCUUUAUUCCUGGGGCUUGGGAACUUUAAGCCACCCCUUCCCCUGAGAAGCCCCCUCUCCUACUGUGGGUAAAGGGGGGAGGGCAUCGCCCUCAGGUCCCCUCCAUGUUCAGCUGCCAAAGAAGGGAGCUCCCCCUCCUUUCCCCAAGCCCAUUCCCCCUCUGCUGCCCCCUACCCCCCAGGGGGGGGCGCUCCGUCCAUGGGGGGGAGGGUGCUUGCAGCCCUCUCCCCUCACCACGUCAGGGAUCUGCGGGGAACCAUGUGGGAGGGUCGUGGGAGGGGGGAG